AUGGCCAUCGAGAGAUCAAUGGACCGUGAAGGCCAGACCUUGAAGUCGACGAAAUAUCCUGUGCAGGGAACAAUGCAAGUGAUACCGGAUGUUGUCCAGACAGAAAUGAAACUAUGCAUGUUAAUUGUUGAAGUGCUCACACGCUUCACUAUUGGAUUAGCCUGGCAGGAGGUUGAAUUAGGGCCACACGUCUCCCGCCUUGGAUUAACUGCGACAAAUCUCGUGGUGAAAAGUCCAGCUAGUUGUUAUGGUAUUCAUGGGAUUAAUGAGUAUGAAUAUUCAAAGCUGAGUGGCGCUGCAAUUACUUAUAUAAGCGGUGGCAUAAAUUUGGGUCAUCCUGUAUUAGGUCCCACGCAUGAACUCGGCUUUGUACCAAAUAGGAUUAUGUCAAACCCCAAAUACGGAUAUAAGCAAGGAGGUAUACCAAAGACUCCGACUUUACCUCGAUCAGAAGGACUGCAUGGGCCUUCAAGGAGAAACACACUUCACACUAGACAGAUAAUUGAACCAUAUUUUCCGGGAUGCCUGACGGCGAAAUGCUUGGCUGGGAUAUGCUGGAUUCUAAAGGAUUCGGAAGACGAUAAGCUCGACCCGGAAGGUUCUGCAUCUACAAAAUAUGCUGAGUCAGGUCGUGACCAAGUACGAGUGGGAUUCCAGCCGAAAGCAGCGAGGAAAGAAGUCUCUGUGUAGAUGCAGUUCAUGAAACCAACCCUGAAGUGAUCAUUUCGGCGAC